AGUAUUAUUUGAUUAUUAUGAGGAUGACGAGAUCGRCRAAGCGGUUAUUGCAUUGCAACGACGACCACGAAUUUUUUAUGAGCGAGUAAACUACUUGGAAUUGUAUGACAACCAUGACUUUGUAUGUAGAUUUCGAAUUUCUAAAGAAACGUUCCGAACUCUUUUGAGAUUAAUAGAAGCAGAUAUAUCUCCGCCUUCUCAAAGGAACAGAGCUAUAUUAGCACCAUGUAAAUUAUACAUGAUGCUGAGAUACCUUGCAACAGGAUCAUUUUUAUUAACUGUCGCAGACUUUACUGGUGUCAGUGAAUCGUCAGCUUGUCGAUACAUUCAUCAAGUUUGUAGAKCCAUAGCAAUUCAUAGAUCAAAAUUCAUUUAUUUUCCAAAAAAUGUUGUUGAUAUGAGAAAAGUUKUUAGUGGAUUUUACAGCCUUAGUAAUUUCCCUAAAGUGGUCGGAGCUGUGGAUUGCACUCACAUCAAAAUUCAAUCGCCAGGUGGAGAUAAUGCAGAAACAUUUCGAAACAGGAAAGGUUAUUUUUCCAUCAAUACACAAUGUAUUUGUAAUCCGUGGCUUAAGAUUAUGGAUAUAGUGGCGCGAUGGCCAGGGUCUUGCCAUGAUCAGAUUAUUUUUGACAACUCUUUAAUCAAAAGUAAAUUUGAAAAUGAUAUUAUAAAAGGAUACCUAUUAGGAGACGGCGGUUACGAAGUUAAGCCUUACCAAUGA